CAUUCACCACUAGGGCUGCUAUUGAGUAUUGGUUGGUUUGGUUGUAGACGUAGUUAGCGUGUUGUGGGUUGCCAGCGAGUUUGUUAGGUUUGUGUGGCCACUAAUGCCAAAGGCUUCAGCUUGCUCACGGAAUGCCAAGAAGAAAGAAAAACGGCCAGAGUCCGGCCAGAGUUCCCGGUAGGCCGCCAGACGGGGGAGCCGUUGGCUUCAGCACGACAGCAAGUUACGGAAUGGCGAGCAACUUUCCAAGCAGCACUUCUGUUCCCGACUCUGUCAUGGAGAAAAUCACCAGAAGCAUGCAGGAAAUGUUCUCCCAUCUGGACCCCGAAAUCAUUGACAUGGUGCUGUCCGAGUGCGAUUUUAAAGUUGAAAAUGCAAUGGACACUCUCUUGGAGCUGUCUGUCACUGCAGAGGCCCCAAGAACCCCCGUUUCUGGCUUUGAGCAUACUGCAGCAACACUGUUAAACCCACCUUGUUCUGACAACAAACCAGACCCAGAUCCCCCCAGAACAUCACAGCUGUCACCACCCUCUCUCUCCUCGAGCCUCUUGUCAGAAGAACUGGACCUGCUAGUUGAUCAGGAGCUACAAACACUGACUACACAGCCAAUCAUUAAUGAAACCGAAAACCACAACAGUCCCUAUUUGUCAGCUGGUGCCCCUCUUUCUUCUUUUCCUCCAGCACCAUUUCCACAGCGGGUCCUUCCUGAGCUCCUUCAGUCCAGUGUGGAGCCUGAAUCUAGAGGGCCUUCUGCUGAUGAACCUUGCCUAGUAGGAGGCUUGGCAGCACAAACAUUUGGAAGUUCUUCUCCAAUUGACCAGCUCAGCUCUUGGGGUGAAGAGACCACUGAGGUGCAGCAAUCUGUUGUGGAUUUCACCCAUCUGACCACUAAAAUGUCUGUAGACAAACCAAAAUCUCCCUUGGACCUGGCAGCUUCAGGACGGCCCUCAGCAUUCCACAUUUAUAAAAAGAAAGACCAGUCACAUUCUCCAGAGGAGACUGGGAUCUUACCCCCGGAAGGAAUAGUAGGAGGAACGACAUCUAUGGUUGGUGUGCCAAGUCAAGAACCAGUGGGCUGUGUACCCUUAUCUUGGAACCUUGACGCACCGGAGUUUCAUUCCCAGAUUCAUGGGAAACGGGGGCCAAGCUUUAUCAUGCCAGUAGCUCAUCCACAUUCAGUCUGGACUGGUGAAGUCAGGCAUGCCUCUCCCUGGCUAAAUCAAUGCCAUAUUCUUCAAGUACCUUCUCAGAUAUCUGCUCCUGUUCUUAACCCCUGGUUGUUGCCUGCACCCCCAGGUCUUCCUACCCCUCAAAAUAGGCUUCAUUUGGAAGGAAAGGUCCUCGUGCUACUGCGGGGUGUGCCAGGAUCUGGCAAGUCAACCUUGGCUAGAGCUAUGUUGCUACAUAACCCAGGAGGAGUUAUACUCAGCACCGACGACUAUUUCAGUCUCAACAGAGGGUAUCAUUUUAACCCCACUCUCCUCGGGGAGGCCCAUGAGUGGAACCAGAAGCGUGCCAAGGAGGCAUUUGAAAAGGGCUUGAAUCCCAUCAUUAUUGACAAUACCAACUUACAAGGCUGGGAGAUGAAACCCUACGUGACUCAGGCACUGCAACAUAAAUAUAAGGUGCUUUUCAGAGAGCCGGACACCUGGUGGAAAAACAAGCCUAGAGAACUGGAGAGACGCAGCACACACAACGUGCCAGUGGAAACAAUCCGACUCAUGCUUAAUAAAUACGAGCGGUUCGUCACUGUUCAGUCCAUUAUGGGUUCACAGAUGCCUGAGUGGAAACAUCACCUAUCGGAGAGCAGAAACUCACAGCUGGUUUCUCCAGAAAAACCUUGUCCGGACUUGGUAGGUCAUCCUGCUUUGACUGAAGAAUGUAAGAAAUCCCGCUCGCAGCUUUUUUCCUCCCUUCCUGAUGUAUCAUCUAUUGGCGGUUUAUUGGAGUUGGACAGGCUACAACAGAGCAGCUACAAUUCUGCAGAGUCACUGAAUUUCCACCCUUGUGAAAUGCCUUUGGAUAACCCUGAAAUUCAAAAUGAAGAUGGUGGUACAGAUUUGGGGGCUUUAAAUUCCAAAUUGGAUAACCAGUUACAACUGAGUUAUCCAAGACAAGACAAGGGAAUUCCAGAUUGCAUUGUAGAGUCUGUGUUGACUGAAGAGCACUGUGGAGAUGAACUACCUGUAGCUUUUUCUGAGUCCAUUGGACAAAGGGUGAGAAGGAAACCAAGCAGGAGGGCAGAUCUUGGUAGUCUGGAGUCUGCUGAUCUGCUGAAAGAUACGAACCAAACAGAGAAAGAAGGAGAUGGGAAAAGGAACUUCAAGGAAGCUGAAGGGGUUGAGUUGGUAAGCGAUGGAAGCAUAAAGCUUUCGGAUUUUGUGGGGGAUUGGCCUUCAGAAGCUCCCCUCAGGCAGAGAGAGUUGAGGAAAAGAGAAAUUAACCAACAACAAAAUGAGGAGGAUGGAGGUGAGGUGACUCAAGAAGCAGAUUUCACUGAAAAUGAAAACAGUGUGCAGUCAGACCAUGAUAAAACAGAGUUCCAGAAGCUUCUUGAUCUUAUUCAGACAGGUGUGACCACCAUUCAAACCUCACAUGACUCCCCCGUUUCCACUAACCAUGGAGAGAAAUUGGAUGGAGAGGAUGGCAACGGGUUUGAGGUCCAAAGCAAGAGCCCUGACAGUGAAGAUGGAGAACAAAUUAACAAGUUUACCAACAGUGGUAGAGCUGAGUUACCGGAUUGUGUGUUAGACUGGUCAACACCCAAACCUGGCAUGAUCUGGGAAUGCUCACACUCCGGAAUGGAUGAUGGUGAGCAACUUCAAAUUGAAAAUGAAGAGACUAGAAACAUAAGAACAUCAACUCCUGUGUUCUUGAGUGGUAUAAAAGCUGACUCUGGGAAUUUGGAAUUGCCAAAUUCUGCAACUUCUGUCUCAGCUAUUGCUGUGCACUCACUAGCAGUCCUUGAAAGUGUGGAGACUGAGGUACACCACGAUGAGGGGAGAAACCAAAACCUUAGAGAUGAAGUUGCUCCAGAGUUGGGACUUGGUCAUGCUGAGGAGGAUACAAAGGACUGUGCAGAAACCACACCUUUAACUGACAGUAUAACUGAGACAGGUGGCAACCAUAUUGAUGAUCACUGUCAGACCGAGAGACCUGUGGAGGCAGAAAAUAAUUCUUUCAGUGGCAGUCAGGAACGAAAGCUGCGCUUGGGUCGCAGGUCAGGCAAGCUGUGUAAGCUGGCACUCACCUUCUCUCACAACUGUAUUGAUUCAUCACUGAACAGUCUUAAUGACGACCCAACUGCCAUAGCUCCAGACCAAAACAAUACAAUGGAAUGUCUUAACACAAGUGUAGAACCUAGUUUUAAUUCCAACCACAAACCCAGUCUGGACCCCAAACCAAACGUUGAGAUGUAUAUUGAAGCCCUCCCCAGCACCGACACUGAGGCACAUCAGCAUCCUCGCUCACCUUUUCCUCUGACAGAAACAGGCUGUCAGACUCAGACGGAACCAAAAGACUUUGCAGUUUUAUGGCAUCUUAAUAACAACAGUACUGAAGAAAUGGGUAUCACUGUGUACAGUCAACCAUGUGAUAUCACAGUACUCUCUGGCAACUCAUCCCGCUUUGUUCCAGAAAUCUGUGCCAAUUCCACAGCAGCUGCAGUUCACCAAUCUGACCACAAGGGGGUACCCUACAGUGUGAUGCUUGAGAAAGGCACACAAGUGGAGGAGAAAGAGCUUGAGGCACCCCAAGACCGCCCCAAGAACCUGAAUAUUCUCAAGUGUCAUUUCAAAGAAGUUAGCAUUGAUACAUUGGAAGACCUUUAUGACAAGUGCCAUCAGGACCUGGAGUGGACCACCAACCUGCUGCUGGACUCUGGAGAGAGAUUCUUCAGAGGCGAGGAUGAUGAGGAGGAUGUUACUAUGGAUGAAGAUGAGCAGGGCAGAUCUGACAUGAGUGGAACCUUAAUGGUUGUGGACACGAGGUCAAGUUCUAAAGUGGUAGACGAGCAUCACUCUGAAGAUCAACCAGUGGACAGAACAGCUGAUUUUGUUAAUGUGACCCAGGGGUUAACCUCUGGAACAGGUGGUGACUCAGGUGAAACAGCCAAUCAUACUGACUUGCUCAGUUUUGAAGGUACAGAAUCUACAUGUACAAAUAAAGUCAUAAAGUCAGAAAAAUCUCCUCAAGAAAAACUUGGCUCACUUAAACCAGUAAAAGAAGGGAAGAGUUGUAAUGAGACAGAAGGCAGCGUGUCAUCAGAAAGUGGUCUAGUUAUUGGAGCUUGUGGCAAGAGAUUGGAUGACAGCGUGAAAUUUGAAGAGCCAAGAGUUGAUACGGAGGAGGCCACCAUGGAUUUGAUCCAACGACUGUUACAGGAUCAGCUCGAGGAACUGGAAAGAGAGGGAGCACAAAACAGUGAACGUGAGAGAAUUGAAAGGACACACUUGAAAGAUGGCAGCAGCAGACACUUGAACAUUCAGAGUGUUGAGCUGAAACUACCCACCGAACUGGCAUUACAACUGACAGAAUUGUUUGGCCCUGUCGGAGUAGACACAGGUACCUGCACCACUGAAGACUACAUAGUGAAGAUGGACCUGAACCUGGCUAAGAUGCUCCAUCAAAAGUGGAAGGAAACCAUCCAAGAGAAGCAGAGACGAGCAACUCGUUCCUGUAACUUAGUUCAGCAAAGUUCUCUACAAUCAGGAGUCACAGAUGGCCAACAGCAGCCCUGGAGACACACACAGCCAUUAAUGGUCACUGGAAUGUGUCCCACCCACACGUGGUCUCUUCGGAACAUUAUGAAAGAGGAGCAGGUUAUGCAUGAGAACAUGGAAAAGGUUAGACAAAGUCGUGCCGAUGUCGACAGGCGUCAAGGAGCUACCCUCUUGAAAGAAAAGGAGUUGUAUUCCCUCUUCCCCAAUAUCGACAGGAACUUUCUUCAGGACAUCUUCAAAGACCAUAAUUACAGCCUGACACAAACAGAGCUGUUUCUGCGCUCGCUGUUGGAUGAAGAACCUGUUAAGACCGUUGUUGCGCCGGAAGCAACUCGAUCUGACCACCAGAGAGCAACAAGCAAGGAGGGAAAUACGAAGUCUGUGGAGUCAGCUGUGGACUCCUACCAGGACACAAAGGACCCAGCGUAUGAUGAUUUCAGGGCGGAGGCCAGUCUGCAGAGGAGCCGGCAGCUGGAGAGUUUAGACAAAGCUGCAGAGGCCUACAAGCAAGGACACAAAGAAGUAGCCUCCUUUUAUGCACAGCAAGCACACCUUCAUGGACAGCGGAUGCGUGAGGCCAAUCACCGUGCUGCACUUCACAUCUUUCAGAUGACUAACUCAUCACUGCUGCCCAGGAAUAUCCUGGACCUCCACGGGCUGCAUGUGAAAGAGGCCCUGCAGACCCUGGCCCAGGUCUUAGAGGACAAAGUGUCAGAGUGCGAGCAGGGUUUGUGUCAGCCUCAGCUCUCUGUCAUCACAGGAAAAGGGAACCACAGCCAGGGGGGCGUGGCCCGCAUCCGUCCCGCCGUUAAAGACUACCUCACGAACAAACACUACAGGUUCACUGAGCCAGAGCUGGGCCUCAUUUUGGUUUCGUUGAAGUGAAACAAACCCCCAUCGGGUGGAUUUGUUUUAAAGCAGCAGUGGAUUAAAAACUCCCUCCCUCCCUUUCAUAUCUCCACACAAGUGAGCUGCCCCCGCCCCCUUUUUUUAAAUCAUCCCUUCUUUCUGUCUUCCUCCAUCAGUGUAAUAGUUGGGGUGGGAAGGAAUUACGAUUAAGGUUUUAAUCGUAAUUCAGAUUAUAAUGUGUGUGAAGGAAAGAAAAGUGCAGGGGCGUGAGACAACUCCAGCUCAGUGCACGUCUGUAAACCAAAUGUGUAUAUUUUAUAGUGAAGUAUUGUACAUUUUUAAUACCGUGCUGUAUUUCGCUUUAUAUUUGCAUUCUUUUU